AUGUUCAAUGUAAUGGUCGACAAGUCGUCCACUAAAGAACCAACACCGACAGAUGACAUAAAGCCAAAAGUGGAGCAGCAGAAAGUAGAGGCAACGCCACCUCCAGCGGCGCCACAAUCGGAGCCACCCGUGGAUAAUACCCCGAAGACAUGGGCUCAUCGAGUUGGAGGUGGAGUUAAGCCUGCUGCUCCUGUAACUGCUACAGCUCCUGCUCAAAAGCCAUCCCCUGCACCAGCUACCACAAAUGUUCCAUCUGCUACACGACCUCAACAACAGACACCACGUCCACAUGCGCAGACCAAUGGAGGGCCUAUAGCUCAAGGUGAACGUCGUAUUUACCUUGGAGGCAUCAUCAGAAACAUGGUACCGGAUACAACCAGUAUUGCCGAGCAGGAGAUUAAGGAUGCUUUUUCCAGUAGGUUUCGCUUUUCCGAUCAUCGUUCAUUUCACAAGCAAUAUAUCUUCAAGAAAUGGGUUAAUUGGUUGUUACUUACACUUUACUUGAGCUUUAUUUUUUUUCCUAUAUUUUUGUGCCUCCCAUUUUGCCAUCUUUGAUU